AUGAUGCAUAUAUAUAACAAAUUUCAAUAAUAUUUGUUAAUAAACUAAGAAGUGUGCCAGUGUCGCUUUAACUUUGAUAACAUAAAAAGUAUAUCCAACUCUGUACCAGGAUUAACUGAAAUCAAAUCUCUUAAUGACGAACGAGAUGGAUAUGGUUUCAAAACACUUGUGUGCCCACCAGACCAGUUUAAAAAUGACAUAUCUAAUAUUUCAAACUACAAACUUUAGUUUUGGUAAUUUAUAAAACAUCUAAGUGCAAAUAGAAUAGCACACCCAUUCUUUAUAUGGGACAAUGAUGGAAAUUGGUGUAAGAUUUAAACUCGUUAUUGCGUUUAUUGUCUUGAAUCGUGCUUACGUUUGGUCUUCAAAUGAUAAUAAUGACAUAUCUAUAAGACUGACAGUUCUUGAGGACAUGCUCACAGAAAUGGAGAGCAUAGUUCGAGAAACAGGUGUCAAAGUACAGAAAGCAGGAGACAAAGUGCAAGACACAGAGGAAUUAUUAAAGAGAGAUUUUUCUCGAUUGGAAUAUUCUACUGAAAGGAAAACAAGAAAACAUUUUAGACGGAUUAUGAAAGAAGUCAGAAAGGAACUUAAACACGAUAGCAACUUACUCAAUGAAAUGAUUCAUAGCAUUGAACAAAUCAAUUUAAGGAUGGUAGAUAAUCAGACUACAGAUUUGACUGACACUGAUGAUGGUCUCGAAAGAAUGAAUCACCAGGUAGAGACGAACGUGCAUCAAGAUAUUGCUCAUACAGAAGAAUCUAGAAUUUUGUUCAAGGCUGUAACAUUGAAUAAACGUCGAUAUUCUGACGGUGAAACUAUAAUAUUUCCUGAUGUAAUAACCAACACUGGAGAUGGAUAUAACCCCAGAAAUGGCUUAUUUGUAACACCACUAGCUGGGACGUAUUACUUCACAGUUCAACUGUAUAUUCUAAAAGGAAGAGCUUUAGAUAUAGGGAUUUAUGUCAAUGACGAAUGUAUUGCUUGGGUCAGGUUAUCACCAAGGGAAGAUUCGUGUGAGAACUUAGCAGUUGUUGCAAACCUGAAUCUGGGUGAUGUCGUUUACGUGAAACAAAUUUUGACUUCAUUAUCAGAUAGCUACAAAGUCGACUCGAAUAAAUUCUUUAAUACAUUUUCUGGUGUAUAUAUUCGAUAAGUUAAUUGUUCAAUGUAAUUUGUUACCGAAAUUUGUUUAUACUACAUUCAAACAAGCUAUAUUUUAGUGAAUUAUGGACCACAACUGUUGAUUUGUAGACUUGGGAUAUAAGUGCAUGCGCUACAUCAUAAAAUUCCCAAAUAUAUGUGAUCUUCCAUUUGUCAUAACAUGCGCUAGUUUAUAAUAGUUAUUUUUUUCAUUAUUUCAUCAAUUUUUAGCCUAGAGUGUUAAACUUAAAUGGUGUUGCAGUUAUGUAUUUACAAUUAUGGAAUUAACGUGCGUAUAGCUUAGAAUUAUAUAUAAAAAUGGUCAAUUUGGAUUUUCAAUAUACAAAAUGUAGGAAUAUAAUAUAUUUAAGAUUAAUUAUUAGGUCAGUUGUUACUUCCGUGAUCAAGAUUCUUAAUAUACGUCUAAAUGUAUAUACACAUUUUAAAAUCAAAGUACUGACAUGCUGGAAACAAGUUAAACGUGAGGAUCUCUUUGAGAACCAAAACGUCAGCCAUUAGCCUCAAGAGGGCAAGGACCAGUCAAAUUUAGACCAAAACUUGCUCUUGUUUAAAAGCAGAGGAAUUCCAAUAACAGUCGAUUUGGAAAAUAUUGUUGUUCUUAUGCUUUGCUGAACAACGACUUACGAAAGAAUGUCUAUUGUAUUUAAGAAAAUAAAUUAGAAAAGUUUUAUUGUCUUAGGACUGUAAAUACACUACUGAGGAAGUUUUAUACCGAAGGUUGGGUGGGGGUGGAGAUGCAUUCGUAAUUUUGUUUUUCUGAUAACUUUUACGGAAUUCUUCUGAUAAGUCUUAUCCAGCCGGUUGACGAUGUCAACGUUACUGAAAACGUUUACCAUUACAAGAGAAAUAGUCUUGAUCAUCACUUUUCAUAUUAAUUUUCUCGUAUAUAAUUGAAUGAUUGUAUUCUUGUUAAAACUCAGAAUUGUUGAAUUGUCAGAAUUCACAUCCAUGAAUGACAUUGUUAGAUGUUGAAUACUAUUUCGCUCUACUUCAAUCUUAUAUGUCAUUAUAACGGAUGAAUUUUAUUUCUUUUCAUUAUUCAUGAAUAUAAAUUAUUCUUAGUAAUGUAUAAAUGUUUCUCAACUUAAUUAAACAGAAUUAUCAGAAUUUCCUGAUAGUACAUAUUGUGUAAUAUCAUUUUUAUUUCAAAUAUAUUUCGCGCAAUUUUAAGGGAACUUAAUUGAGGCCCAAUAGCUUAAAAAUAAUAGAUGAAUUUCUUACAAAGAUCAACUUAAAACACUUAAAUCACUUUAAACGGAAAUAUAUGCAAAGUGUAAUAAAGAAAUUUAUUAUUUACUCAUAAAAUUAAAUAUUGAGAAAUAUCAAUGAAAUAAAAUUCAUAUUUUUCACAGUAAUAAUCUUUUUAUUUCACUUCAGCAAAACAUAUUUUUCCGUAUUUUUAUUGCU